AUGGUCAAAUAAUGCUUACUAUUAAUCACCUUUAUGGUGAUUGUCCACAGUCUGAAUUAUGGAACAAUUUUGAUUCAAAAUGAAAAGGGAGGACAAAUACAAACAAAAGUAAUUCAUUUGAUAAAUUUAAGGAAAUAUUCUUUUAAUAACCUUUUUAGCAGAUCCCAUAAGUGGCCAUUGCACUUCUUAAUGGUCAUGGAGAUAUAUUUGCAGAAAUUCACAAUAUAAAUCAAGAAGGUAUAUGAGUAACUAUAUAAAAUAAGGAUUUACAUUACAAAUGAUGGCAUCAAAUGAGAUUGAGGCAGAAUUUGCCUAUUUAGCCAUUGAAAAUGAUGAGAACUAUCAAAUUGAAUGUUUUAACCGCAUUGAUGUUGGAAAUGAGAUUCAAUUUCCUCUUAUUAUCUAGAGACCAACAUUUAUUGGUGUUUUAGCUACUAAUACUCAUGCAAAUAAUUUCAAUAUUGGUAUUCAUUGAUUUAAUAAGCAAAGAUUUACUUGAUGGUAAUCUCAUUGUUGAUAAUGAUGGAUAAUUGAACAUGUGUAUAAUUAUAACAAAUGAGGAACAACCUAUUGAAUUGAUUGGAUAUUAGAAUUACCAAGAACAAGAAGUUGCUGAAUUUCAUUCAUUUAAAAAAUAGAAUGCCAUGUAACUCUUUUAUAAUUAAUUCAUCUUAGGAGCUUAGUAUAAGCUCAGCAAUCCCUUGAAAUAACACAUUUAGAUUAACAUAAAUCUUUUGAAAUUUGGCACCAUUAAUCUAUUGAAAUUAUUAAGGAUUCCUCUAAUGAAGUAAAUUAAACUCAUAAAUCAAUUGAAAUAGUGAAUGAAGAUUAACCUAAUUAAACAUAAUUCAAAUAAUAAGAAUCAAUAGAAAUAUUUAAAUUGGAUGAUUAAGAAUCAUAAUCAAAUAUUGAUUAGAAAUUAAUUGCUGAAGAUAUUAAUCUAGACAAUAUUGAUAAUAAUUUAGUUUCUAAUAAUAAUUAAUUAGAAGAUAUUAAAUUAGAAGAUUCUUCAAAUGUUGAUUAAUUGACCUAACAGUAAAUAACUGAAGAUGCAUCUAAUUAAUUAGAAGAUAUCACAUUAGAUAUUGAAUCUGAGUAACAAAAUUAAUAAUCUCAAACUAUUAAUCUUGAUGAUUAGUAAUAAUCUAUAGAAUCAUCUUAAUAACAACUAGAAAAUAAUUAAUAAGAAUAGAUUGAAGAUGUGAAAUUAGUAACUGAAGAAUUGACAAAUAAUGAGGAUUCAUAAGAAAUUAAGUUGACUACUGAUGAGGUUCAAAUUAUUGAACCAAAAAAUGAAUCAUUAUAAAACUCAGAAGAAUAAUAAUAAGUUAUUGAUAAUUAAUAAGAUGAUUAAGUAUAAACAGAAUAAACAGAAUAAAUUGAUUAAUAAAAUUAAGAUUAAGAUAUUUCUAAUUUAUCAUCUGAGGUUGUAAUCAAUAAUAAUGAUUAAGUACUCCAAUAAGAGGAUGUUACAUUUGAUAGUUUUGACAAUGAUAAUGUAAAUUAAUAGGAGGAAUCACAAUAAGAAAUCUAAAUUGAAGAUAUAAAAUUAGAUGAUACUACUAUUUCUUCAAUUAAUGCUGAGGAUAUUCCUCAAUAAUAGGAUGCUAUAGACAUCCAAAAUGAUUAAUUAUCAACUUAAUCAGAUGUUUAACCAAUUGAGGACACUACAUCAACUGACGAUGUCGUUGUUCAUGCAGAUGAAGUUAAAAUUGAAAAUGUGAAGAUUUCAGAAGCAAAUUUGGAUGACAUAAGUACAGAUUAAUAAGUAUAAGAGGAUAAUACAGAAUAAAUUUAAUAAGAUAAUACAGAAUAAAUAGUAUAAGAUAAUACAGCUUAAAUAGUAUAAGAUAAUACAGAAUAGAUAUAAUAAGAUAAUACAGAAUAGUUAUAAUAAGAUAAUACAGAAUAAAUAUAAUAAGAUAACACAGAAUAGAUAUUAAAUGAUAAAUAGGAUAAUACAGAAUAGAUCUAAUAAAAUAAUACAGAAUAAAUUUAAGAAGAAAUUCAAGAGAAUAAUAUAAAUAGUGAAAUAAAAGAAUUAUCUGAAGAUAUUUCUGUAGAUCCAGAUGCUUUUUCAGAACCUUAAUAAAAAGUAACUUAAAUUAAUGAUGAUUCUCUUAAGAAAGAAUAAGAUAUUGAUGAAAUGAUUAAAUUUGCAUAAGAAUUAAAAGAAGAAGCUAAAUAAUUAAAGAAUAAAAGUAGAAAUGAAAGAUAAUAAGCAAAAUUAGAUAUUAUGGAAUAGGCUAAUAAUUUAGAGAAGGAAGUUGGCAAAUUAGAAAAUGAAAGUGAAGAACCUAAAGUUGUAGAAGAUUAAAUAAGUUUGGAUGUUAAUUCUGCUUAUGAUGAUUAAAAGGAUAUAUAAAUUGAAUAACCUUAGGAAGAAUAAUAGCCCCCCAUCAUCUACUUAAAUGACAGUGGAGUCAAUCCAGAGUAAUAGUUAAUAACAUAAGAUAUCAAAGAUGAUGAUAAACUUAUGAUCUCUGAAAAUUCAUUAUAGGAAUAAGUUGAUUAGGAAAUGUAAUCAUAAGAAUAAUAGGUUUAAACUACAUCUCAAAUUGGAGAAGAAGAUAUAUAAAUUAUUGAUGCUUCCAUUAAAUUAGAUGAAGAUCAUUAAGAAUUAGAAAUAUAUCAAUCUGGUCAAGUUGAAGUCAUUCCUGAAUAAGUUUAACCUGAAGUUGAAGUCAUUCCAGAAUAAGUUUAACCUUAAGUUGAAGAAGUUUAAUAAAAUGAAUAACCUCAAGAAUAGGUUGAAGUAGAACCUUAAGAAGAUUAUGUUUAGGAAUAAGAAACAACAAAAGAAGAAGGUGCUAUUGAAAUUGGAUUAACAACAGAUGAAGGUGAAGCAUUUAUUAGAAAACCUAAGAAGUCUGAUUUCUUAAGAGAAAAAUAAAGAUUAAAAGAUAAAUUAAAUAAUGUUAUUAAAGAUUUUAAACUAGACUCUGUUGAUAGUAAUACUUUAGAUUCUGUAGUUGAGGGGGAUAAAUAAUAUUCUUUAAUUAUUGAUAGAUUAGAUGUUCCUGAAAAUAAUGAAUAAGUUAUUGUGUUAAAAGAUGAAGAUUAUGAAUAAAGUCAAAUUGAACCAGAACCAGAAAAAGAAGUCAAAUAACUUGGUGAUUAUUUAGAAGUAGUAGAACCAAAUAUUGAAAAUGUUAAUUUUAUUUAUGAUGAUGAAUAACAAUAGGAAUAAUAAACCAUUUAAAUUGAAGAUAUCAAAUUAAAUGAUGAUAAUACAGAUGAAGAAACUAAUUACAAAAUUGUUGAGGCUAAAGAUGAUGAUCUUGUUGAUACUACAUUAGAAUCUAUUGAUGAUUCAUAAUAAUAUUAAUUAUUAUCAACUGAUGUUGCUGUUACUGCUGAAGAAACAUCUACUGCUAAUGUUGAAAAUUAGAGUGAAGAUGAAAUUAAUAUUUCUUUUGAUGAAUUCCAAAAGGAACUUGAAAUAUUAGCUAAUACUAUUGGUAAUAUCAAAUAAGAAAAUGUAGACACAAAAUAAAAUAAUGACUACAUCGUUGUAAAUGACAAUAGUUAGAUUUAUGAAGCUACUUAUGAUGAAUAAAGCAAUGAUUUACCAUAAGAAGAUGAACCUUAAAUUUAAGAGGAUCAAUAAAUUUACUAUUAAGGAUUUGAAGAUGAUCAAAAUAAUUCAAUUGAAAUAGAGUAACCUGAAAAUUAAGAUGAAUAAUUAUAAGAAUAAUAAGAAGUUGAAUAAGCAUUUGAUGUUCCAGAAUAAGAAAAUAACUAAGAAUAAUUAUCUGAAGAUCAAUUUUUAGUUAAUGAAUAAUCCACAGAAGAUUCAGCUCAACAAGUUGAAACUUAUGAUGAUGCUGAACCUCAGGAUUAAUAUCUAACCAUAGAUAAUUUAGUUAAGGAUAGUUAAGCUAUUGGAGAAUCUUACGAUUAGGCACCAUAAUAUUAUGAUGAAUCUGAUAAUGAAUCCAAUGAAUAAUAGAAUUAAAAUGUAGUUGAAAGCUCAUUAGAAUCAGAUUAUGAUAUUUCUGAAUAAGAAUAAUAAAAUUAAGAGAUUUAAGAAUAAUAAAAAAGUGAUAAUGGAUAAUAAUAAUAAUAAUAAUAAUAAUAAUAAGAAUAAGAUUUUGUUGUUAUGAAAGCAGAUUAAUUUAAACCAUAGUUAUAGGAUGAGAUUUAGUAAUAAGAAUAGUAAUCUGAUAUCCAAUAGGUAGAUGACAUCUAUUCAGAAACUCCUAAAGACGAAAAUGAAAUAGAUAUCAUUGUAGAUGUAGGAAAUCAAUAAGAUGAUUAACCUUAAUUAAGUGAAUAAGAUUAUGAUUACGGAGACAAUUUCGAAAUUUAAUAACCUGCUAAAAAUGAUGCUGAAUAAUAAUCAUAAUAAUAAUAAUAAUAAUAAUAAUAAUAAUAAUAAUAAUAAUAAUAAUAAUAAGAAUAGUAAUAAUAAUAGUAAUAAUAAUAGUAAUAAUAAUAAUAAUAAUAAUAACAAUAAUAAUUAUAAUAAGAUUCUAUAUCUAGUAAGAAACAUAAAUAAAAAAUUUAACAUUCAAUUACAAUUUCUCAUAAUCCUUAAGAAAGUAAUAAUAAAUAAACUGAUAGAUCAAUUGAAAUAUAGCAUGAAGAUAAAUCUCUAAAAAUUGAGCAUCCUGUUAAUUAAGAAGAAUUAAAGAAAGAUUUGAAGGAAUAAUUAAAAUAAGAACUCAAAGAAGAAUUAAAAUAAGAAAUAAAAUAAGAAAUAUAAGAAUCACACAAUCGAAGAAAAUCUCCUAGUCUUGUUAUCGAAGAAAAUGUAGCUAAAGAUCCAGAAAGACCUGCUUAAAAAGCCAUAAACAAUUUUAACAAUCUACUAAAUGAUGUAGUAGAUGAGACCUUAAAAGAAGAGGAUAAAAAACACUAUUAGAAAUUACCAAUAGUAGAUGUAAAGAAAGAGUCUUUUAAUAAAGUAGAACCUAAGAUUGAAUAAGGAAUUGAAGACCUAAAGAAAGCAUUAGGAUUAAAAGGAGGAGUAGAAGUUGUUGAUAACAAUGGUAAGAAGCAAGUCAUUAAUGUUGAUGAUCUUAAAAAAGAAAGCGAGAAAUUGUUAACUCGUCCAGAAAGAGAUAAUAAAAAUGAUAGCUCUUAAUAUGAAGAAUUUUUGAAAAAAGUUACUGAAAAAUCAUAAACAAACAAUAAUGAUUAAUUUAAAAAUUAUGAAGAAUAACAUAACAUAAGAAAAUAAGAAAUUUUAGAGAAUAUAAAGAGAGAGUUAGAAAUAAAGAAAGGUCAUUUCACAGUUCCAAAUGAUUCUCCUCAAGGUAUAAUAUUAUAUUAUGAUAUAAGCAGAGUUAUCACCUUAUGAAUUCGAGAGAGUUUAUUUGGAUUGGGAAAAGAACAAAUAGGAUAUCAUACCAAGCAUGCUCUAACAUUCAAUAGAAUAACCUAUUACUUAAGAAAUGCAUUCUAAUUCAGAAGUAGUACAAUAGAAAUCUAGUGAGAGAGUUUCUAGAAAAGAAGAAGUGGAGAAGGAAGUUUAAGAAUUACUUUAUGGAAAUCAAAAGAAUAGGAAAUAACAAUCAAAAUAAUCUUCAAAAGGUUAAUAUUUUUUAUUAUAAAUUUAAGAGUUUAAAGUGGAAGAUUUGAAAUAUAUAAAGGAUGAUCCACUUUUGGAUGCUACUUAUAGUGGAUUUUUAUAAGUGAAAGCAAACUUAAGAAGAAGAUAACAGUGAUUAAUAUAAGUUUAUAAAUUAAC